GGAGGGCGGGCUGCGGGGGCUUCGGUUCCUGUCACGCUUAACAAGGCCGCUUCGCCGGGAUGGAGCCACACCUAACAUGGACGCUGGGAGGCCCGCCCAGGCCCAUCCCCCGAUGAUGCCAGCAGCGGCGGAAGCGGAAGCGCCGCGGAGGUGGGGGCCGCAGGAAGAGUCUGUCGCGAUUCUCGGUCCCUCUCAAGCACAAAAACAGACGGAGGGCCGGCGUAUUUUGAACUAACUUUGACACUAAAGGGAAACGAAGCCAUGGGACCACGAAAGAAAAGUGUUAAAGUGUGUGUGAUGGACAGUGAGGUCCCCGAGGAAAUGACAGCCGAUGAAGAGAAGGACUACAUGAACCAGCUGUCACAUGAAGUGCUGUGUCAUAUUUUCAGGUACCUGCCCCUGCAGGAUGUCAUGUGCAUGGAGUGUCUUUCUCGGAAGCUGAAGGAAGCAGUUACACUGUAUCUGAGAGUUGUGAGAGUGGUGGAUCUCUGUGCAGGGCGCUGGUGGGAAUACAUGCCAAGUGGCUUCACAGACUCCAGUUUCUUGACACUUUUGAAGAAGAUGCCAGAUGUGGAGCAGCUCUAUGGCCUUCACCCUAGAUUCCUUGAGAGGCGGAGAGUCAGGGGCCAUGAGGCCUUCAGCAUCCCGGGAGUCUUGGAAGCUUUGCAAGCGUGCCCAAACUUGGUGGGUGUAGAAACAUCUCAUUUGGAAUUGGUAGAAUCCAUUUGGACAUAUAUGCCGCAUGUUCAUAUUUUGGGGAAAUUUCGUAAUCGUAACGGAGCAUUUCCAAUUCCUCCUGAAAAUAAACUGAAAAUCCCCAUAGGAGCCAAAAUCCAAACUUUGCAUUUAGUUGGCGUCAAUGUUCCUGAAAUCCCUUGUAUCCCUAUGCUAAGGCACCUGUACAUGAAGUGGGUGAGACUCACUAAACCACAGCCGUUUAAAGAUUUCCUUUGCAUCAGCUUGCGAACUUUUGUCAUGAGGAAUUGUGCAGGACCAACAAACUCCUUGAAAUACGUGCCCUUGGUAACAGGUCUGGCAUCUGCCCGUAACCUGGAACACUUGGAAAUGGUUCGAGUCCCUUUCCUGGGUGGUCUCAUCCAACAUGUGGUUGAAGACAGCUGGAGAUCAGGUGGUUUUAGGAAUUUGCACACUAUUGUCUUAGGAGCUUGCAAGAAUGCCCUUGAAGUAGACCUUGGCUACCUCAUCAUCACUGCUGCCCGUAGGUUACAUGAAGUUCGCAUCCAGCCUUCUCUAACCAAAGAUGGAGUUUUUUCUGCCCUAAAGAUGGCAGAAUUGGAGUUUCCCCAAUUUGAAACCCUUCAUCUGGGAUAUGUAGAUGAGUUCUUGCUACAGAGUAGAAUGGCGAAUGCAGAUUUGGUGAAGUAUGGUUUGGCUGAUGUGGUAGAAAAUCCUGGUAUCAUUACCGAUAUAGGAAUGAAGGCAGUCAAUGAAGUUUUUUCCUGUAUCAAAUAUCUGGCAAUUUAUAACUGUCCUCAUCUACAUAACCCAUACAAUUGGAUCUCAGAAGAGUAUAAAGAAGAAAACAAAAACUGGCUUAUAAUCCCAUCAUUCAGAACUCCUGUUAACACUUAAAUUAAAGUAAUACAUGCACUUGAUAAAUUUCAGACAGUGCAGAAAGGUACAAAAUGAAAAGUCUCCUCUUCUCAAGACCACUCUAGGUGGAUGCGACUGGUUGAUAUCAACCUCGUGCGGUGCCAUGCUUUGAAGCUGGAUUCUUUUGGCCAGUUUGUUGAAUUACUGCCCAGCCUGGAGUUUAUUUCGCUGGACCAGAUGUUUCGUGAGCCACCCAAGGGCUGUGCUCGAGUUGGUCUGAGUGCAGGAACUGGAAUUGGGGUUUCCUCUGCGCUUGUCAGCAACCAGAAUUCCAACAAUGACAAUGACAAUAAUGCUCCAAAUAACAACGCCAACAUCCAUGACAACAAUCACCACCACCCAGAUGAUUCGGAUGACGAUAAUGACUUUCGUCAAGACCUACAACAAGGAGAGGCACAGUUUGCAGCCGAUGCAUUGAAUGACAUGGAAGACAUGGUCCAGGAAGAUGGAGAACUAGUAGCCGAGAGUGGAAGUGGUAUGCCAGCUCACAAUCAGGGAGUUCUUCCUAUGGAUGCUGACGAGGAACAAGCAGGACCUAGUGGCCUACAACGCGUGGUGAAACCAACACCAAUUGCUGAUCACGAUUCAGAGAGCGAUGAUGAAGAAGACAGUCUAGAACUCCAAGAAGUCUGGAUUCCUAAGAAUGGUGCCCGGCGUUACUCAGAACGGGAAGAAAAGACUGGAGACUCUGGACAGUCCAGGGAAACGGCAGCAGUAAGUGGAAAAGGCAAGACUCCACUUCGAAAGCGGUACAACAACUCCCAUCAGAUGGGCCAGGAGAAGCAGUUUACCCUGGAGGAGAGCAGCUGUGAGAAAGGCUGUCAGGUCACCAGUGAACAGAUCAAAGCUGACAUGAAAGCUGCUAGAGAUGUUUCUGAAAAGAAAAAAUCCAAGGAUGUUUAUCCCAGCUGCAGCAGCAGCACAGCUGCCAGCACAGUGGGAAACUCCAGCUCACCCAGCACUGCUUCCCAGAGCCCGGACUUUGUAAGGACGGUGACCAGCGGUGGCUCUUCCGAGCCUAGCCCUCCUGAAGUGGAUGUAUCCAGGCAGUGUGUCUGUUCCCCUGGUGGGUCAGAGGACUCUGAGGCCAUGGAGGAGGGAGACGCAGAGAGCUCUGUCUGCCCCAGAUGCUGCUGUCUCAGGCCCCAGGAGUCUUCUCAAAGGAGAACUGGCAGGUGUUCUGAUGAGGAGCGUCCUUCGACCAGCAGAGCCUGUGUUGUGAAUGGCGCGGAUGGUACGAGAUCCGCCUUUUCCUUUAGGACUCUGCCACAAGGGGGGUCUUCAGGCCCAGCACAUGAUGAGAGGACUAAUGGGAGUGGCUGUGGGGCUACAGGUGAGGACAGGAGGGGGAGCUCCCAGCCUGAGAGUUGUGCCGUGCAGUCUAAUGAAGACUACCCUCGGAGGCCCCUAACCAGGGCCAGGAGCAGACUGUCCCAUGUACCGCUGAUAUCUGAGUCAGAAGUUGCCAAAAUCAAGCCAUGCCAUGCCAUAAAACGAAAGCGAACUGCAGAUAAGUCUACGAGCACCAGUGAUCCUGUGAUUGAGGAUGACCAUGUGCAGGUUCUUGUAUUAAAGUCCAAAAAUCUUGUUGGAGUCACAAUGACCAAUUGUGGAAUCACAGAUCUUGUGCUGAAAGACUGCCCUAAAAUGAUGUUCAUCCAUGCUACCAGGUGCAGGGUACUGAAGCAUUUAAAGGUAGAAAAUGCACCGAUUGUAAACCGAUUUGACUAUGCACAAUGCAAGAAACUAAAUAUGGACCAGGUACUAGACCAAAUACUGAGGAUGCCUCCAGAGAGGAACCGCAUCAUCUACCUGCGCCCAAUGCAGCAGGUAGACACGCUAACUCUGGAGCAGAAGCUCUUCAGUGGCCCCUACCCCUAUCACAUCUGCAUCAUCCAUGAGUUCAGCAAUCCUCCCAACGUGCGGAACAAGGUGCGCAUCCGAAAUUGGAUGGACACAAUAGCCAACAUCAAUCAAGAGCUCAUUAAGUACGAAUUCUUCCUGGAGGCCACUCGGACUGAAGAAGAUCUGAAGAAGUACCCUAAGUAUCCGUGGGGGAGAGAGAUCUACACGUUAGAGGGUGUUGUGGAUGGAGCGCCAUAUUCCAUGAUUUCCGACUUCCCUUGGCUGCGAUCACUUCGGGCAGCAGAACCCAACAGCUUUGCCAGAUAUGAUUUUGAAGAUGAUGAAGAAAGUACCAUCUAUGCUCCUCGAAGGAAAGGACAGUUGUCUGCCGACAUCUGUAUGGAGACAAUCGGAGAGGAGAUCUCAGAGAUGCGCCAGAUGAAGCGGGGCGUAUUUCAGCGAGUAGUGGCAAUUUUUAUCCACUACUGUGAUGUCAAUGGAGAGCCAGUUGAAGACGACUACAUUUAAAUAGACCUUUCCUGGCUAUUCUGGCCCAAAGUGGCCACGAGUCUACACAGGAACCUUGGGCUUGGAAUUGGGAGGCCCUGGCUCAGUUUGUUAUAUAGGAAAUAUAUAAGGAACAUGGAAAUUGUAUACAAAGAUUUAUAUACAGAAGGAAUAUACAAAGACACUUCCAAGAGUAACAUCUUUAUAUAUCCUAUGUUUAUACAUCUUAAUUUAAAGAAGUCAUUUGAAGGAAGGCAGAUCAUUUAGCACUGGUUGUGUUCCCUUUUCCUGACUUAUUUAGUGUCAGGUGACUGAGCCCAUUUCCUCUGCUCCUCACCUUGUCCUUCAGUCUGUGCCUUUUUCUUCUCCAGCAUAGCUGUUUGAGUCAGCCUGCUAAAGAGUGUUGUAUCUUGUGUGUUUUUGUUACCAUAAUGCCAACUAAACCCUUAGUCAGAGAUUAUGUUUCUGUACUAAGAUGUUCUUCUUUUCUUAGUCUUUAUAUUUGGCAUAUUCAUUUACAUGAAAAGAUUCACGAACUUAAAUGAAUUUGAAGGGCAAAUAAAGGAGUUUUCAGAGCA